GGUCAAUUCAACACCACUGGGCACAGUGUCUUGGAAGGGCUCCUGAUGAAGUUAGUACGCUGUGCCACCAUGAAUCACCGUUCUGGGUCCUUCCCGUGUUAGUGUGCCAUCUGCUGAUCUCGCGUCACCUCUCACGACACUACUCAUCGCAUCGCUCGCUUAACAGGCACAAGCGAAGUCAUAAUUGGAUGGUCUGCAAGCGUCGUGGAUGGAGGACUGAGAGAUCAUCGAGAGAUCAUCGCCCUUGGCGACCAAGACAAGACAGGUGAGCUGUGACCUGACUGACAACGUCACGAUGUUAUUCCUCAUCCUAUGUGAUGCUUCUGGGUGUGUUGUGCGCUUCACACAGGUGUGAUUCGCUUGUGUGAUUCUCGAAUCCACGAGGCGGUACGUAUCUGCCUGCCUGACUGCACACGUAUGUACUCCUUGAUAUUGCCUCCUCUUCUCUCUCCUACAGAUUGGACGCUGCGACAGAUUGUGGUGCUUGAUUUGACCAACCCUUUAUUCAUCUGCCGCUCUGGUAGAGCCGUACAGAAACCUCACAGCUCCAGCGUGAAGCUAAUCCAAGGACCAACGCAUGGUAAAGCAUAGACAGCCGACAAAGAAAGGGAUUGGCAAAUGUGUGCUACGUGUAUGUGAAGGCGCGGCUCGGUGAGAGCAGUGGAGGCAUCGUUGGUGUGAGCAGUGUCCCCAUCGACACGUAUCCCAGCUGCCACGUCGGAAAGCAUUUCUGCAAGAUAUGUGGCGACGGUCGGGACUGCUACGGUCGGGACUGCCCCCGUGCGCCGCACUGUCCAGAUCGCAUCCGACAUCUAUCGAGGUCCGCAUCGUCAGGUUAUGACGGAAAGUACUCGGAUGCCUGCACAAAGCCGAACACAACACAGACGGGUGAGCAGCUGAGGGAGAGGGCCAUGCCCGAGUGCACUCAUUCACAUGGCAUGUAUGCUGUUGGCCUGACUGAUCUCAGGAGGAGAGUGUGCCAACGGGCAGGCCACCACGACUUGUGCGCCUCCAAGUGUCAACGGGACCCUGCCCGCCGGUGAGUGCUGGGAACAGCAGCAUCCGUACACUGUAUAUAUUCAUUUCGUCGGCAAAACGAACGAUGCGCCGCCAACAAAUGCCACUUGAGAAUCAUCUGUGUGCACUGCCUGUGUCGUGUGUUGGUCUCGACUUCAGGUUUCGGUCAACCCGAUGGCCCGGGCGGUCUGCCACUGCAGCAGGAAAGCACAGAGGCACCUGCAGGUGACUCAGGUUGACACAUGUCUGCCCACAAAGCCACCUCAUGCACGCCUCUCUACGCCUGUCAUCCCCCGUGUCUUGUCUGUCAGUGCAUGGCAACGUCUCCGCAGGUGACGCACACACGGCCGACGAGCUGCAGCACGGCCACGCAGGUGAGUGGCAAUUGGCAGCACCAGAUCGGGCACCGUACAUGUACUCGACUCAUUCGCUUGGUUCAUGUGUACUGUCGUUCAGAUGCCCCGAUGCAUCCUCAUUCUGCCGCUGGUGAGAAUUUGCCCUCAGAGGCCCCCGUCGACGCCUCUGUUCGCGUCUGUAUGUCAGCCCUUGGUGAGUGGGUGCACCGGGGAGGUGAGUGGGUGCACCGGGGAGAGUCCCUUCCGCCAUCUCGGCAGUCAGCGCCACCGACAACUCAACAUACCUCAAAGGUAGUGUCAGCCAACAGACGUCCACCCAGCUGUUUGUCGUCUCAUCGCGGCCUUGCGUCUUUCUCCAGGUGACGACCGAAAGGGCUGGGGAGGUGACACUUGGGGAGCGGCUCCUCCUCGUCGACGAAUUCAAGCAACGCAAACGGGCCGGACAGGACGUCUCGAUGGUGCGGUUCGCGCAUGAGAAGGGCGUCGGCGUGAGAAGCUUCGAAAGGUGGCACAGCGCGAUCACGAAGCAGAGGGAGGCGGGCAUGCCACUGACGGACCCGACCAAGAAGCGCAGCCGGCGGCCCAAGUACCAGGAGAUUGAGGACCAGCUCGUGAACUGGAUGGCCUUCCAAAGGCCAUCAGCCGGUUCGACGGGUGUUUCGCCGAAGGCCGUCAGGGCCAAGGCAAUGGAGAUUGCCGGGCGGCUCGGAGUCGAUGCCUUUUCAGCCAGCAACUCAUGGAUGGCAGGCUUCAAAAAACGAUACCAACAGGUGGGACGGGCAACAGACACAGGAACAUCAUCUUGCGUGGACUCAUUCCUGCCUUUUGCCUCAUGCAGUCUGUCCAGCUCAAUGGACAGCCUGCAGCUGCAGCAGCGGCCGCCGAUGCAGACAGUGGCACCGACGGGAUAACGGUAAGGAGCAGCACGUGAAUAGCUAUCAUAUGCUCAUGCGGCGAUGAACGUCUCCGUUGUGCAGAUGAAGGAGGAGGAAGAUUUCACACAUACCAAUCACCUGCCCUUCACACAUACCAAUCACCUGCCCGAGGUAGCUCGAUGGAAUGACCCCACUCUUGCAUUUGGCUCCUGUGUCUGAGUGCAUGUUUAUGGUGUAUGCAGGGGUGUGGUCCAUGUCCUUCAUCCGUGGCCCCCUUCCCAGCGUGUGGUUCCACACCGCUCGUGGCUGGCUCGGCGGCGCCGGCAACGGAGCAGCCGAUCUGUCCGUUCUUCCCCGAUCCCCCAGCGCCCCCGUUGCCCGGCUCACAGCAAUCAGAUUCGCUGGAGGGCGCGCUCAUGCAGCAGACGCCAGCACCGGCGGCACCGGCGGCACCGGCGCAGUCACACCACACAGCCAGCUUCGGUGCCGAGUUCGCGACUGCAGCGGCGCCUGCUGCAGCUGCUCCAGCCUCCCCAGAGCAGACGUACAACACUCAUCGAUUUAACGAGCCUCGCAAACGGCCUGCGUCGUCGACCAACAGACAGGUACGUCCACGCACAGCCAGCGACAGUGCUUAUCUGGUGCUUAUCUGGUGCUAAUCUGCAGUCAAGUAUGGGAGCGCCUGAGGGUCAGCCGGCUGCGGCCGCUGCAGACGUCGAGACAUCAGAUGUGCACAUGGGAGGGGAGGGCGACGCAGGCAGGGGAUCGAAGCCCUCAGGGGGCAACACAAUGAGCGUAAGCACUAAACGUGAACGGUCGCUUUAGUGCUGUUCACGUUUUAGUGCUGUUCACGUCUGCUCAUUCAGAUGGUGCAGUCAACCGCUCAAAUAGAGCCACCAAUGAAGAUCCAUAGGGACGAUACCCGCAGCCAUCGAGAGGCGCGGCCGUCUGUGGUGAGCGGACUGCAAUGAGACGGACAAACAAACAGGAACAUUGCUGUUGCCUCUGAUGUGUGCAGGUUUUGUUUGAUCCGUUGGUCAAGUCUGCAGCCACUGUCGACGAUCGCCUCAGUGCCGUACAAGAGGUGUGCAUUGAAAAAGGAACAGCAGUGGCUACCGCCUGCUUGCUGAACCUACGGGCUCCUACUGUCCUUUGCUGCCUGUUGUUCCCCCGAGCAGGUUGCCUUGACUGUCGAUGACCAUCUGAGUUCCCUGCUACAGGUGAGCAUCGCCAGAGGCAAGAAGACCUGUCAUGCUGAAUCCGCCGUGUGCUAUCAGGAUGAGGAUGAUGGCACCCUUUUGCCUGAGGGUACGGCUCCUGAGACCGUAUCGACUGGCAGCCCGACGAACGAGGGCGACAGGGACACUCCACAGCAAACACACGUAUGGAGACCCACACAGCGAGUCAAGUGGAUAUCUGAUGGCUGCUUGUGUAUCGUAUGUUGCCUGCAGGUGAUUGCCGACAGCAGUCUGAGUGCGGAUGAGUGGAUUUCGCUGCGCAAUUGUCUCAUACAGUAUCUUGAGCGAGCAGGGCCGACACAACAAGACAGCCCGACUCGCCUGAGGGAGCUGAGGUGUCAACUGCCUGCCCUCCGGGCCCUGCUCCUCUAUGCACUGACAUCGCUAUACGAAGACCAGGUGAGACAGACGCUCAGGCAGACAAACAGGGAGGUUGAAGGCAGGUCGGAUCAGGCAGUGAUCACACAGACAGGAAGACGGGGAGACAGAUGGAGGGAGGGAGGGAGGGAGGGAGAGAGAGAGGGAGGGACACGCAGACAAGCAGGCGGAUAGACAGAUCGACCAACGAUGAAGCUUUCGGAUUGGAGUCUCAUGUUUGGCGCUGUCUCUGUGUGUGACGUGCUUGCCCACCCGCCCAUCGAUCAGAUCCAUCCCUUCUUCUGUGACAUCGAGCGGCGUCUGCAGGAGCUGCAGGCGCCGCCAGUGGUGGAGAAGCACUUCCUCGCCCUCUACUCACUCAUGCCUGCCGUCUACGAAGUCACACCCGCACCACACGACAACACCGCCACCACACGCGACAGCCCUUUCGUGCGGCCCUUUCCCUUCCCGUCGCCGUCCACGCGUGUGUAUUUGCGGAGCGAGCACAUUCCGUGUGGGUUCAGGGGCUGGGUGGACCAGAAAUCGAGUGUCAACCCGUACCCCGAGCGUGUGUGGCGGCAGCUGUCAGACUACCUGUGUGCGCUCUUGCGGGACGGGGGCUGCGGCAGGGGCGAGGCCACGGGCGAGCUCGCCUACCAGUUCAAAGGCGGCAGAUACGGAAUGGCCAUGGAACUCAAAAAGAGGUCACUCCACUGGACCAAGUAAGCACCAAACAAAGGCAGGAGGAAGACACAUGGGCCCAGCAACACACCUGUGUCUGUUCUGGUGUGUGUGUGUUGUCACGGCUGUUCAGUGAGUGGACGUUGGGUGAGAUGUGCCACAUAGUGCAGCUGGCCAUCACCAAAGGCCUCCUGGCCUACGAGAACAACAUCCUCCAGCCGGUCGCCGUGUGCAAGGGCAUCGCGUCCGCCGUCCUCGAGGUCACUCCACGCACACAGGCCCAGCCCACCUCGCCCACCACACCCACCUCGCCCGGGUUCCCAUCCACCACCAUCACCACCAGCGAUUGCCUGGCGGACGAGUGCGAUGGCCGCGGUGGCAGGGGCGGCGGGGCGGCGUGCCUGAAGGAUGUCGAGUUGGCCAAGGAGUGCAUCAGCAUCUCGCAGGGCAUACUACGCAGGCAAUUCAAACGACGAGUCAAAGUGGACGAGGUGUGUCGCGUGUACAAGAACAGGGACAACAGAGUCACCAUCCACGCCACUAACUACAUUCCCGAACCGGGAAUGGAACCACUCACACCACUCACAGCACGGGUACGUCACAUCAAUGACGGGUCUUGCGCUCUCGUGUCUGAGUGCAUGUUUAUGGUGUAUGCAGGGGUGUGGUCCAUGUCCUUCAUCUGUGGCCCCCUUCCCAGCGUGCGGUUCCACACCGCUCGUGGCUGGCUCGGCGGCGCCGGCAACGGAGCAGCCGAUUUAUCCGCCCCACCGCCGUCUCUCAGCGGACCCGCACUCAACGCUGCUCACCCCGUCGCUCGGCUCACAACAAUCAGAUCCGCUGGAAGGGGCAGGCAUGCAGCAGCCACCAGGGGCAGGAGUGCUGUUUACUGCUCAGGUACAUAGCACCGCCAGCAACAGCGACAGUCUCAAGGAAACAGAGAUAUGUCUUGCCUGUCCUGCAGGAGCAAAUGCAUGACGAAGACGCUGCGGAUAUGGUAGAUGGAUCUUUCGUCAGCCGACAGGUAGAGGCCAGGACUGUUCUAUCCCAGCAAACACAUAGGGACGAAGCAUCGUCAUGACAUCUGCUUCUCCUUGCCUGAGCAGGAUCGUCCUGCCCUUUGUGGACAUAGCAGCGGGGGACAGGUACAGGCAUCUUGAUCAAUGUGACGUUCGUGCACUUCCUUGCUCUAUGUCUCUGUAGGUUUGCCCCGUAUCAUCUGAGCAAAUGGUAGGAGGGAUGCUCUGUCACGUUGAGAGCGCGCAUGUGAUGCUUUCUCAGUCCAUGGCGGCGAGCACGGCAUGGUCUUGGCGGCCACCAGACCCACCCUUCUGCUUCCUGGACCAUCCACCACUAGCACUGGUUCGACACCAUGAGUCCUCUCAGAUCCCCAUGCCUUUGUGGACAUUCAUGCUGUCUUGCAGGAACCGAGGUGUGGGGAUCCUCCAUCUCCGAUGUGUGGGGAUCCUCCAUCUCCAUCCGCAUACCGGACACGCUCGUUGACAUCAGGUGAAUGAAGGAGCAAAGCACACGGACAGAUCCAAACGGGUGCACUGUGCAUGAAAUGGCUCGUCCUGCGUGUGUUCCUACAGGUGCUUGGCCCAUUUUCACAAGGUUGUCAGUUCUGUUUGCUCUUCGCCACCAUUGGAACACGAUCGAGCUCGACCGCAUCCGCUGUCCUUCACUGGCCGACCCAAGGGACACGUCCGCCCCGGCAGAGGACCGGCACGUAUGGCUGACCGCGGCCAGUGCCGAGAGCAUCAUGGGUGCGGAAGGCUGGGACAUCAGCCUGCUGCCGGCUGCCAUCGACGCGGACGCCCGCAGGCUGCCGUUGCGCCACCUCUACCGCCUUCAAGUGUUCCGCAAGCCGGCCAAGUACCUGUACGAGAGAGCGACUAAGUACGACGACCAGUGCUCCGUCCGUGUGUAUCGGGGAGGGCAGCUGGUCGAGGCGAUACGCUAUGUCCCGGUUGGGAAGGGUGACGACGACAAGCGGUGCGCCACAUGUGUGAUGCCGCGUGAUGGUGGGGGCGUAUGCGGCAGGCAUACCCUCCCCCAGAACAUGGUCAUUGUUCACCUGCAAAGGACACACGGACGGAAACUCCUGACUGAGGCACAGGUGAGCAGCAGAGCGACACCUUCACGGUUUUCACUCACGUCUGUAUUGGUGUAUGCAGGGUCUUCAUGCGCCUUCUGGGCCAUGCGUGGAUGAUGGUCGCCCUAACGAUUGUGCAUCCAUCGGCAGCAGUCCCGAGCCGGUAAGUGGACGGCCCACACGGUCGCAUCCCACCACGCGGUGCAUGUCCUUGUGCUCAGGCCGUGACAAACAAUCAGCAGCCACGAAGAGACGGGGAAGAAUCCACUUCAUCGCCUUAUGUGGAUGCCACCGGCAUCCCCACACCAUUCGACCGGCCCCUGGCAGUGUCCACGCUUAUUGCCGGAGGCGAACCACCGGCAGAACAGUCAGUGGCUGCCGGUGGCCCAGUGACACAUGAUGGACCGUUUUGCCCGGUGAGAAAGCUGACACCUGCACCAACUCAUGUACCUAUGGUCAUCUACGCCUGAGUUUGCCAGAUGCAGGAAGUCGUCCCGUGGCCACCGUCCCUUCCCUCUUCUCAGCGGCCAGACGAGGUCCCGUGGGCGGACGAGACCUUGGUGGACUCGUUCUUUCUCCCCAAGCAGAAUGAAGAGCGAUUCGACGCACAGGUAGGUGGGGAGCUGUGGCCAUCGACGCCCAAACCACUCACACGUCGUGGUGCCUGUUGCGGGACAGAUCUGUCGCUCGAUUGGCGCCAUGGCGGCUGUCGCUUCGUCAUCCUCCGCCGCUGGGUCUCGGCCGCAGACGCCGGUCAGUCAAGACAGCACACGUAUAUCAUUGCGUAUUGCGCAUUCGUUUCAGCAGCUUUUGUCCCGCCGUGGCCCUCAGUGUUACGAGGAGGGCACUCGUGUGUGGAUGGUGUCGACUGUCGCGAAGAGGGGCAUGGCGCUGGCCGAGGUGUAUCGCGUGCAGCCGACCGAGGGAGGGACGGUGGUCUACAUGAGGGAGGUCGGCGGCACGGAGCUGUUCCAGAAGGUCGUGCCGCACAAUCAGACCCAGACACCACCGUAUCAGCAACUGGUACCCACACCCAGCAGACACGCACUUUACAGCAGUCAGGCGCAGAGAGGAGAGCUUGGGGUGUGUGGUCAGGGGCCUGAUGGCGACGGCAAGUUGUUUCGGUGCACUCAUCGAGAGGGCGUUGUGAAUUCGGGCGAGACCAACGCCGGAGCGCAGCCCUCCAAGAGCGUAAGCACACACGCACACACACACACACACACAUGGACCAGCCCAUGUCUGCGUCUGUCUGUCCAGGUGUGUGUUGGUGACGGCAACAAGCGAGCACGUGUGGCUGCCAACCCGGCUGCUGCUGCUGGGGGUGCUGUGGAGGACGGCGAUGCAGAGCAGCAACAGCGCAUAGAAACGGUGAGACCAGCCAGAGGGAUCUGCGGUGAAUGGCUGACAGACACACUCAUUCCUCCCUCUGUCUGUGUGUGUGUUCUGCAGAUUUGUUCGUUGGUGAUGGAGUUCCUUCCCCUUCAUGUGCUCAUCCCCCUCUCCCUGUGGCUGGCCAAGAGCACCAAGCAGAUGUGGGAACAAGUGGGCCCAGCCACACACGGCUCUUCAUCGACUGCGCCACCAAGGACGACGAGCACUGCUGGCGAUCGCCGACCGAGGGCCGCACCUUUUGGCAGCGGAUCCCUCUCGAUUACAUCAAGCGGAUAGCGGCACGGCUCACCGGCCUCACUCACAUCGCCCUCUGCC